AUGAGGAGGGAGGGUGACAACCUGGAGAUCAUACUGCAGGGAAAAAUCGAAGGAAAACGAGGCAGAGGCAGGCAGAAGAGAAGAUACGCCGACACCAUCAAGGCGCUGAGCGGAUGUGGCAGCAUGGUUGGAGCAAUGAGACUAGCGGAAAAUCAACUAACAAUAUUUUCAUAUUUCAUGAGAAUAGAAAACACCUCAUACUUCAAUGUACGGCAGCUAAAUCAAAUAGAAAUCUGCAAAUUCGCUGAGAAGGGCUUCUCGAAACUGCACCAUCUAGUAGCAGCUGAUCAAACUAAUGAAUAUGAUGCCAUUAUGAAGUAUGGGAAAUCCGAGGUGAAAACGAGGUUGUCCCUGAAAGUCUUAGCUGACACGCUUGAAGAUGAACGCAAGACAACCGAAGAUCAGGAUGCUCAGAUCAGGAAGAUGGCGGAGGCGAACCCCUUCACCAAUGCAGUUAAAAUACAAGAACCUGUAGCUCCCAAUGACAGACAAAACAUCUACGAAACUACGAGGAGUGGCCAUCCACCCCACCAGCCCCCCCAGCCACCCAACACCGCCACCUACCACACCCAACUAAUCACCCAACCUCCGACCACCACCCAACCGCCCACACCCAAACGCCACACCCAACGCCACAACCCAACCGCCACCACCCAACCGCCCACCACCAACCGCCCACCACCCAACGCCCCACCACCAACCGACCACCACCCAACCGCCCACCACCCAACCGCCCACACCAAACCGCCCACACCCAACCGCCCACCACCAGACACACCCACCUACUCAGCUCACCCAGCACACCCAACCAGCACCCAGCCACCACCUACCACCUACACCCACCCCCCAAACACCCAGCCAGCCACACCUAACCUCCAGCCACCUACUCGCCUACAUCCAACAAUCACCCACCUACACCCAGCCACACUCAACCGCUCACGGGCCCCCUCAGACACCCAGCCAGCCAGCCACACCUAA